UCGCCGCAAUAGCCGGAGUAUCACAGGGGACACUAAUCUUGGCCGUCGGAGCGGAGAAUGCCGGGGACUCCAGGCGGCUAAGCAUGACACCAACUUUAUGAGCUCUAAUCUCUGCGAGCGCGGAACCAUGUCGACCAGAUAAACAUCUCACGUCGCUAUCGAUUGCGCGUGAGGCCGGUACAGUGAAUCCGCGAUAAGCUGGCGACGGCUUUGUUAUAAAUUGCUUUGAUUUAUCCGUUUUUCACGCAAUCCAAUAUAGCAGGUAUUAAUGUUUAUGUUUUGUACGUGAAGUAAUUGAAAGUUUUUAGUUUUCACACCACGAACCUUCAAAAUAUCAAGACAAAUGAUAGCUUUUUUAAUAGAACCAAACUCAUCUUGAUUUUAUCUUCGAUUCUGGAUACUAACACAACCCAUUAUUUUGCAAAGUAUCCCAGUCAAAUCAAAGAACGCGGCAUUUGGGGGUUAGGAGAACUCGCUUAGAUUGUAAUCUAGCCCCUCGUAAUUGUGGGCUACGCGCAGAUAAGUGCUUACAUGUCCAGGGCCACUUGUGGAAGGUCUCGUCGCGACCACUCGAAAUGAUAGUUUAUUGCCUGUUGCCCAACGAUUGUUCGUUGCCAAUGACAAAUAUGCACCGAAAACGAGUUUUCCCGCCUCAAAGAGAACUAAUGUACAGAGAAGAAAGACGAAUUUCGAGCUAAUCUUGACCGAAGCCGCGAAUUUGUCAGAAGCGUUGGGCUAGUCACAUUUUAUGGGCACUAAAAACUUGUUUGCCCGUUCACGCAUGUGUUUUAGGCAUGCGGCUUUAGAUAAAAUUCUGACAGCAAAAACGGGUAUUUUAAGUUCGAUAUAAUUAGCGGAGGAACCUGUUCCCGCCGCGAUUAUAUAAGCACAACAAUCGGCGGACAAAACCCCCAGCAAAUGUAACAUUCAAUUGCACCAACUGUUUGUUGAUUUUGACGCCGACGAAAUUUCUCUAAAGACAAAGCGCCAAGUCACGAUGAGAUGCCAGGCGAAAUGGAGGCGAGAUCUCUCGCCUCUCCAAACAAACCAAGGAAAAAGGCACUGCCUAACAAUUCUCAGGCCAAAAACAAUUUCUCUCACUUGACAGCCUAUUGUUUGUUCUGGAUCUGACGAGCCGGCACAAAUUGUUGAUACGUUUUUCUUUGUCCGGCAAACAAGCAUGAUUUAUUUACACAAUAUUAACGACACUCGACAGUUGCUGUCUUUAAGACUGCAGAGCGAUAAGGCUGACUUGACUGACUGCACUUGGCUGAGUGCGAACUCCGAAAAGGAUCUUCCCUGUAGCGUAAAUGCUUUUUAUUAUCAAUUCCCUAUCGGGCCCCCACGGCUGAACCUUAUCGGCCCACCAUAUACUGGACUCCUCCAUUGUGUUUGUCGUUGCUCUAGUUAUGAGUCGCAGUUUGUAAUCCUUCUAUUGCUGCUUAUCGCACACUUGUUUGCUCUAGCUGCUGUGGCUUCCUAGCCUCGAGAGCUCCAGCGCUCUUUCCUACGAAAGAAUAAUCACCGUGAUGGCAGAAGCUGUCGAAACUAUAGAUACCAUCUCUCAAGGCCUCUGACGUCAGCAGCGGUUACUGUGGGACCCACGAGGCAGUUAUUGUCUAUCGCGGUCUAAUUCGUUUGAAUGAAAGACUACAACCUUGCGCACUCCAAUUAUACAUUUUUUGUUAUCAAUUAAAUAAUCGCGCUACAAGCAUGACGGAACACUAAUGGUUAUUAUCAAACCAUUUCGAUAGUGAAUCACCCAUUUCGAAGAAUGUUUGGGCGGGAUUCUCUGGAGCCCUUCGGAAAUUUCACAAUUUCGUGCAAAGAAACUUUCGCCUCCUCCACGAAAUACAGAUACACUUCACGUAGAUACAAACGCACACUCACACACUUGUCUCGCUCUAGCGGACUCCAAUAGCAGCAACAACCAGAGAAGCAGCAAUGGACGGUAUCGAUGCGACUGAAAUGUCACUUAUAAUUACCUCUACGUAGAAAAAAGUAGCUGCGGUUCGGACGGAUCGGGGCGAAUAGAAUCAAAGCGUACCGUAGCGGUUGGGACCGGAUCGCGUUCGGACGGAGGGCAGCGAAAGAGCAGUAAAUCGACGCACAACCUGCUCGUUGCGAGCUAAAAAGGCAACUGAAAUCGAGCCGAACGCGGCGAACAAACUUAUUUGUUUUGCCUUUCCGUGCUCAAAACAAAAAUGAGAUAACAGCUGCCCCAGAGAGGGAUGUACCUCGUAACAAGAGUAUAUCUAUGCAGUAGAAAACGUUUCACCCCGCUCUUUGCUGAAGGCCCGGCUCUCGCAAUAGGGCCAUAGUACCGUGGUUGGUCAGAAAAAAAACCUAUCAGAUACCGAGAGAUAACAUCGUCCUUCCAUGACUUUAAGUGGUAUAUGACCAAAAUGGGCUUUCCCUGCUCUGGUGAAAUUAUUCAGACCGCGUGUAUCGCUGCCGAGAUCCGAGAAGCAGCCGUUUGUUGUCGCAAGAGAACAGAAGCCCCCAAAUGAUAACGAUACGGACAGUAGACCCCGAAUCGGGAGGAUUUAAUGGGUGUUCGCUUGCGAAGUCUCAGUUUUUUGUAUAAGCAUGACCAUCACUAUUUCUGAAGUUUGUACGCGUGACUGAGGGCUUCUUGGCAAUUAGGUAGUUUGUUGUGAUUUGAUUUCAUAUUUAUAUUUUGUGCAUACAUAUGCCAAUGCAGUGCUGGCUCGGAAAUAUGAAAGCAAACAACGAGCUGGACAACCGACGGGAGUUUCUCCGCGCGCUGGGCGCCAGUCGGAUGUUGGCCAACGCCCUGGCCCAGCGCACCCUCAGUGUGCCCAACUUCAACCUGCGCCACUUCCAGCGCCAGAGAUUCCGCCUCAGCGUCGAGCUGGGCGACAGUCGUCAGGACGUGGUGGACAAGGAGGUGCUGCGGGCCAUCGGGGAAGCGGUGGAGAACCCGGACGAGGUCGAGUCACGGCCUCGUACUCCGUCGCCACCACGAAAUAUUAAUUGGCACAACAUCAGCCGGGAUAAUUCGCCGGUAAGAGGUGACCGAUCCCGCCCGAGAAUCCGUGAAAGGGACGGCAACUUUCAAAACCCAAAAGACAACAGUCAGGCCUUCGCAGAGCCACGGGGUCCGGUACGGGAACCAAUUAAUAGAAAUUGUGGACCUGUUCCGAUCAAUCGGAAUCGAGGCUUCAACCGCUGCAAUUCUGGAGGAGUUCAUGAAGAAACGAGAAAAAAUCAAAAUAGGAACAUUGCUGAUAGAAGUGCAAGCCGACCAGAGUUUAAGCUGAAAAAUACGAUUGAUGAAUUCAGCCAGAAACCAACGCGAGCGCCGAACAACAGGAACUCCGCACCUACUAAUGCUCUGAUCAAUCGAAAUAGGGAUGUUAAUCGCCGUAAUCCGGGCGGGGACCCAGAAGGACUUAAUCGCUACACAAAUCUACAAGAAUUUAAUCGUAACAAUAGAAUCGACGAAUUCAGUCGUGACAGUCGCCAUGCAAGCCAGCAGGAUCUCAGUCGCAAUAAUCGUAGUGCGAGCAGCGUUGAAUUUGUUCGGAAUAAUCGUAAUACAAAUCCUCAAGAACUUAAUUGGAACAACCGAAAUGGGAACGUGCAGGCCAAUCAGCAGGAUUUCAACCAUCAUAAUCGAAAUGUGAACCCGCGUGAAUUUAAUCGCUACCAAGAACACGCAAACGAUGAUUUCUAUCGAAACGUUCGUCAUUUCAACGACAAUGAAUUGAAUCAACAAACUCCGCAAGGACCUAGCAUUCGUUAUGCGACUCAACAAUUCGACGGUGAACCCAAUUUUAAUAUCCAAGAUGAAGGUAAUCAAGUUUUUAAUCGCAAUACCGACAUUGGUGGUCACUUGCAAAACAGUAGAGGUACUGCGUCAAACCUAAACAAUUCUCGCAUCAACAACAACAGAGGAUCUGGUAUUCACAAUUUCGUUACCAACCAACAAACCCGCUUUGACCGAACUUCUGUAAUCAAUCAACGUGGGAACACCGAGGGCAGCUUUCAGCUGCCUAGAGAACGAUUCCACUCUCCCGAUAAGCGCUCGCAAGAACAACAGGAGCAUUACAUUGACCAAGAUAUUCGUGAUUUGGACGCAAACGAUGGCGGAAUCCCAGCACGUCAAACCAGUCGCAUUUAUCAGCGCAUUGUUAACGAUAAUCAAAUAACACUCUGUCGCACAGACUGGAUUGAAGCUAAUGCAAGAAAUGUAUAUAAAGACGACCCACCCGAGGAUAGAGGACCUUUUGGACCGCAGCAUGGUCAUUUAAGAGGACCGGAUGUGCGUAAGCGAGAAGAUCGUGGUUAUAUUCAAAACUCUACGGCUAACCAACCGAGCCCACGAGAGCAAAGCUAUGGUGACGGCAGUUUUUAUGGACGUAGUCACAUCGAUCAAAACUUUGACGGAAAUAGGCGCCACUUUGAUCGCGGACUUGAUCUUCGCAACACAAAUGACGACUUCAAUCAGCGGAACAAUUCUUCGCAUGGUGUCGGCUCGCGUGGCGUCCGACGCUUUCCUCCAAGGGAGGACGAUACAUUCCAGGGCUCAAAUAACCCGCAUUUUCAAGCCAACAACGAACUACAAAAUGUCGUCCGUGGAUCGGGCUCUGUGGAUGGUUACCCCGAUAACCCGCAAACUGGAGGUCCAAAUCUAAACAGAGCCAUCGGCCCCAAGCACAGCAGACCGAAUGUAACAAAUGCAUAUAGAGUUGCACCAAGGACUGGCAAUCCUGGUGGACCAAGUCAAAACCAAGCUACUUCAAGUCUAGAUCGUAAAACGAAAAGAAAUACUAUUCCCCGAGGAACACAACAACAAAGACCAAGUCCAAGUUCAGGCAUCAAUCCCGGCGUGCCAAGGCAACCAAGAUCUUACUCGUCGGCAAGUCAAGAUCGCAAUCAAAGCCGACCAAACGAAGCUAGAGAUGGCAAACCCGGUGUGCCGGACCAAAAUAAAAAAAUACGUGGACCGAAUCAAAGGAAACCCAAUCAACCCGCAAUCGUUGCUAGGAACAUCGACGCUGCUGCAACGAGACCGGCUCAGCAGCAGAGUAAACUUAAACCAGAAGCUACUAGGAACAAUAAGGCGAAUCCACGUGCUGGCCAAAAGAGAGAAGCCGAAUCAGCGGAGUUUGGGGCUCCGCACCGGGCUGAAAAACCCGUCCCGAAGCGCAAGAAGGUGGACACAAGUCGCAGCUUUAUUAUAGGCGGAAUGCGACUUCCCUACAUAAACAGCAAUCAAAAGAAACUACCACAACCAGAGGAAGAGUCCUACGCGGUGACUUUCUUUGAGCAAACGCCCAUCUACAACACAAACAUGUAUGCCACAGAUGACGGCGGGAUCAAAGGAAGUGAUGAAGAUGAAGACUUGUCUGAUGCCGAAUCCAUGGACUCGAACCGAUCUGGCCUUCAGUCAAAGAUCCAGAGUCGAAACGCUAAGAAGAAGGUGCGCGCCCAGUUGCGCAGGGAGUGGACGAAAGUGUACAGGACCAAUAACUACAAGGACUGGCAUGCUUGGUGGAGGGAUUACAAGUGGUGCGGCAGCGCAAUCAACAAGAAGCUGGAGAAGUUUGGCGACCACAGCUUGGGUCACCGCUUUAAGUGUCCUGGAAAAGUCAUCACCGAGAAAGCGAUUAAUCAAGUGUUUAAAAGUGGCCACAUGGGCUUGGAAAAAAAUACAUUCAGCCACUACCGCAACAUGCGUUCGAUUUAUCUUCUAAUGAACAAAUCUUUCCUCGAGAGUUUGUCCGUCACCCAAAUUGAGGACUUGCAGGACUUGAUUCGUGGCAUUCCAAAUCACUUAUGGCUGUACAAGAUCCGCGCUAUGGUCUACCUUUGGGAGAGGUAUCAUGGCACACUUAAGAGUCCAGCCCCAAAAAAUGUGCAAAAGGCUAAGGAAUUGCAAUCGAUUGCUAAGGAGUGGCAGAACCCCGUUUUUCACUGGCUAGCCAAGCAGGCUUUCGAUGAGCUUAAGGCAAUCAGCGAGAUCGCGUGGCCAGAUUUCCACAAAAUAUAUCCUGGCCUGAAAACAUAAUUAGUGCAAACGUGUUACCCCAUUACCUCUAAACUUUAUGUAUAUUAGAUUGUAUACUGAAUUAAAGCGAAAUAAACGAUGGGUUUUGCUUCUGUAAUGGAAAAUCG